AUGCGAGACGGGCCGUUUCAGCGAGAUUCGAACGAGUCCUUUCAUCAUCGCGAUUCGCAUGGCGGCGCCGCGGGCACGUUGGAGAUACCGACGCGUGUGUCGUCGCCAGGUUGCUGCAGCGCGCGCAGCGAGGAGAGCCUCGAUUUCAGCUUCGUCACCCGCGAAUGCUUUGGUUCGGGCCGACACAACAGCUUUGAUUCGGGCCGAGGCGGAGAGGAUGAGAACGAGGAGGGGGAAGGAGCUAGUGACCAGCCCGCGUUAUACAAAUCCAAGACUUACAGCGGGAGCCGUAACCUGAAAGGCAGCGGUCGGCAACAAGCGGAUUGCGCGGCGAAGCAUCAUAUCGAGCUGUCGCCACAUCGUGGCGAGGGUCGCCACAGCAGAACGCCGUCCAUCGUCCCUUCGCCAACGUCGUCCGUGUCAAGUGUUACCAGCCAGCGCGAACACAGGCUCCCUCCGCGACCAUCGCCACCCACAACGCCAAAUCCUUUCCUCGCCGAGAUCGCUGCUCUUGACGAAGAAGACUACGCGGAUUCUGCGAGGGCAACCGCAACCGCUUCGAAUCGCGCGCAUCCGUUGUCUUCUCAGUCCGAAGGGUCGUCCCUUAAAGCCAAGGUCCUCGCGACUCUCGCGCACUUCAAGCCCCGCAGCCUGCGGCGCCUCACCUCUCCCGGCAAGAAGGGUGCUUUCCCUACCGCUCAUUCCUCUGGACCGUGUGUAAAGCACGAUGACGUCACGGCCGAGAUCGGCUUUUGUGAGUCCGAGUCAGCGCGGGACUGGGCUGACGUAGACAGCAAGCUGUUCAUGAUGACGGACACGCGGAUUGGACAUCGGCAGUCGCGAAACACAAGCGCUGGCGCACGCGCGCACGCGGGAUUCGCGCAAAUCUUUGACGGCGUCGCGUGGGAAGCUCCGUCGCAAAUCACCUGGGGCGACGAGUCAGGUCGCGGAAAUUCUCGUCAAUUUCAGCGGACCGCGUCGCCUUCACCCGACUUUGGUGCUCAGCUUCCUUCGAGAAUCUGCCGGAGUUGCAACGGCAUGAGCAGCUGCUGCUCCUGCGAAUCGCAACCUGUCGCAGACUGUAACGUGCGACGAGGCUACGCGUCGCAGGGUUCCUCGCGCCAUCAGAGCCCUGCGAUCAUGCAUAGGCCAGGAGAGGAUUUCGUCCAUGACGGCAGGCAUGUGAGGGGUAACGCGGUGGACUGUAACGAGUACAUAAUGCCGCCUAGCAACCAGAGGUUCCUGUCUGGGCCCAUCUCGCAUCGCGCAGCGAUCUUCUAG